AUGAGCGAGGGCGACGCGGAAGAGCAGGCGCACUUUGACAAGGUCCUGCGCGCGUGGGACGAGUACUUGCAGUAUGCGCUCCAUGUGAACAAUGCUCGGCGCGCGGCAAUCUGCAACCUGCCUCUGGCGCACCAGGCACUGCUGCGGAACUUGGAGACGCCGCUCCCAGCGCCGGUGCUCGAGGAGGAGGUGCCCGCGCAGCGUGGCGGCGUGCGUGCGCGGCUCGGCGAGGUGGACGACCGUAUUCGGCGGAACGCCGAUGUGCUCAGUCAGGUCGCCGACUUUUGCCGCAACUUUCUCGGCCUCGGUUCAGAGGCCAACGGCGAGGUGGCCGACAAGCAUGCCGUGUCCGAGAGCGACCAGGACCGUGUGCGUACCGCGCUGCGCCAGAUUGCGCGCGACUGGAGCGAGGCGGGCCGCGCAGAGCGCGAGGCAGCGUACGGGCCGCUGCUCGAUGCAGUCGAGCGCUACGUCAAGAAGGAUCCCUCGAGCGUGCAUAUUCUCGUACCCGGCGCGGGCCUCGGGCGGCUGGCGUUUGAGUACGCGCUGCGAGGAUACAGCACGCAAGGCAACGAGUUUAGCUACUUUAUGCUGAUCCCCUCGCACUUCCUCCUGAACAAUACGCAAAAGGUGGCGCAGCAUGUGAUCUACCCGUACAUUCACUCGCACAGCAACUGGCGCACGGCCGCCGACCUGCUCGAAGGCGUCCCGGUUCCAGACGUACUUCCGUCGAGCAUCGCGCCCGGCACCGAGUUUAGCAUGGUUGCAGGCGAGUUUGUCGAGGUGUACGCAAAAGAGGAGGAGCACGGGGCGUGGGACGUCGUGUCGACGUGCUACUUUUUGGACACGGCCAAGAAUGCGCUGCGGUACAUGGAGGUCAUCAACGCACUCCUGCCGAUUGGCGGCAUCUGGGCAAACCUCGGGCCGCUCCUGUGGCACUUUGAGCACGACGCCGAGCCAAGCAUCGAGCUUACGCUCGACGAAAUCCUCGCGCUCCUGCCCCAGCUCGGAUUCCAGGUCGAGGAGCUCGCGAUGCUGCCGGCGCAGGCGUAUACGGGAAGCGCCACGAGCAUGCUCGCGCAUCAGUACCGCCCUGUAUUUUGGGUGUGCCGCAAGGUACGAGAGCAUACUAUGGCGCCGCCAGUGUAA